AUGUUAAUGUCAAGCAAGCCAGAUUUCUCCCAUCAUAACCCCCUCUAUGAAAUCAAACAAGAUGACAAGUUCUUCACCAAGCUUGUCACCAAAGAAACCUCCAUGGCCAACCCUUCUUUCAGAUCAGGCCUCUCUGUUGCUGUCCCUUUUGUGUGGGAAACUCAGCCUGGAACUCCCAGACACAAGCUCUUUCCAGACCCUGAUUCUCUUCCUCCUACUCUAACUCCCCCUCCUUCUUACUACUCCACUCCUACUCCGAAUCACGAAAAAUACCAUGAUUCGAAAAAAAAAUCUAAGUCCAAACUCCUCAACUUUUUGUUACUCAGGAUAAUUCAUUUCAAGAAAGGUGCUCAGGUCACAAUGUCACCUACUUCUCCUUUCUCAUUUUCAACGUCCCAUUCAUCGUCGUCAUCAUUGUCGUCCUCUUCAAGGUCAGGAAAUUCAUCCGUGCCAACGAAGAUUGGGCGUGGACGGAGGAGGCUACUCAGCAUGGGAUCACUACUAGAUGAUGAUGAUUUUCAGGUUUCUGCACCAAGGUCUUCUUCCAAAUCAGUCUUGUGUUUCAGAUCAUGA